UGAAAGAAAAAGGCAAUGUGAUCAAAUCGGCCCAAGGCCCACCGCAUCAUCAUCAUCAUCUCUCUGCAAAUAAUCCCUUUUUUUCAGAAUUCUUGUUUUGAAGAUUUGGAACAGAAAACAAAGCAAUUUCAUUUUCAGCUUCCUCAUCCUCACAACUCCAUUCUGAACGAAAGGAUCGGAUUUCGGGCUUUGUUUGGGUUGAUGUGUGACGGUUGCGUUUGGGCUGUGGAGUCUUAGAUGACCAGUGGGAUUAAGGUAGAUAUGCAAACCUUGGAUGACGAUUUGCAUCCUUUGCCGAAUGGGACUGUUGAAGACUCUUUGCAGAGUGAGCUGGAAAAGAUACUGCAAGAGCAGCGUAAUCAGCAGUUUAUCAAUCGAGAGAGGGAUUUCAAUAUUUGUAGGAGUGGAAGUGCGCCUCCAACAGUGGAGGGAUCGUUGAGCGCUUUUGGGAGCCUUAGGAAUUCUGAUUUUGGGUUGAUCAAUGAUAGGAGGAGUAGUAACAGUGGACUUUUGACUGAAGAUGAGAUCCGAUCGCAUCCUGCAUACCUUUCGUAUUACUACUCACAUGAGAGUAUAAAUCCUAGGUUGCCUCCACCGUUGUUGUCGAAGGAAGACUGGCGUGUUGCACAAAGGUUUCACAGUGGUGGGUCUUCAAUUGAGGGAUUUGGGGACUGGAGGAAGAAUUUGGCCACAAAUGGCGAUAGUUCAUCGCUAUUUUCAAUGCAACCAAGAUUUUCUGUGCAACAGGCAGAAAAUGAUUUGAUGGAACUGAGAAAAACCAGUGGAUGGAAUGUCUCUAGGCAGGCUUCAAAUCAGAUUCUGGACAGACACAUGGAUGUUUUGACAAGAAUGUCAGGUGCUGGUCUUGGUGGGAGGAGAAUGGGUUUCACUGACAUCAUUCAGCAGGAAGGAUUUGAACAACCUGCUUCAUUGUCCAGUACCAUGUCACGUCCAGCAAGUCACAGUGCAUUUGGUGAUAUUAUGGGUUCCACUGGGAUUGUUGAUCAUGAAUCCUUUGAGGGCUUGCGUUCUUCAGCUUCUACUCCUGGUUUGGUUGGACUUCAGAACCAUGGUGUAAAUCUUUCUCCUAGUUUUGCAUCUGCGGUGGGUACUUCUCUGUCAAGGGUGAAAACCCCAGAACCCCAGGUUAUUGGGAGACCUGUUGGAUCUGUAGCUCCACCAUUGGCAAAUAAAGUUUUCAAUGAGAAAAGUGGUAUUGGCUUGGGCACACAGCAUGGCCACUCUUCCAAUAUGACUGAUCUUAGUGAUAUGGUGUCAUCUUUAUCUGCGUUGAAUUUAUCAGGUUCUAGACAUGCAGAGCAAGAUAGUCUUUUGAAAUCUAAGCUACAAAUGGAAGUUGAUAAUCAUGCUGAUGUUCUUUUAAGCUCCCAAUGUAAUGUCAAUUUGCCUAGACGACAUGAGAUUAUGUCAAACCUGAACACCUAUAGUUCAAAUGAGCAAGUCAAUCUACUGAAAAAAACCGCAUCUUCUGCUAAUCUUCGAGCAAAUAUGCAUUCUAGUGGAAAUGGCACAAGUUUGCCAACUGCAGACUUCACUGGCCAUAUUCCCAGUGCACAUCUUGUAAACUCGAAAUUGAAUUCAAUUUAUAAUAAUAAUCUUGAGACAGCUAUGAGGCUUCGUAGGGAUGGACAAAAUUUAGAUGCACAAGUAAACCAAGUUGGUCCUGAACUUCAUUCCACAAGUCUGGACCCACGCUUCAUCCAAUGCUUGCAGCAGAGUUCUGAUUAUUCGAUGCAAGGGAUGAGUAGUUCUGGUCAUCCUCUUCAAAUAAGGAAUUUCCCUGAUCCUUCUUCACAUGGAGAUUUGGAGGGGCUUAGGAAAGCAUAUCUUGAGACACUUCUUACUCAACAAAAGCAACAGUUUGAACUUCCACUUCUGAGCAAAUCUGGACUUAAUAAUGGGUUCUAUGGGAAUCAGCCAUAUGGUCUUGGCAUGCCAUAUUCUGGAAAGCAGAUUACAAAUUCCACACUUCCUGCCCUUGGAUCUGGAAAUCCACUCUUUGAGAAUGAACGCAUAUCACGCAUAAAUUCUAUGAUGAGAAGUUCAAUGGGAGGUUCUGGUGGCUCAUGGCAUGCUGAUAUUGGCAAUAAUAUGGAUUCAAGAUUUGCUUCAUCCUUACUAGAUGAAUUCAAGAACAAGAAGACCAGACCUUUUGAACUUUCAGAUAUUGUUGACCACGUUGUUCAAUUCAGCACUGAUCAGUAUGGUAGUCGCUUUAUUCAGCAGAAAUUAGAAACAGCAUCAGCAGAAGAGAAGACCAAGAUAUUUCCUGAGAUCAUUCCUCAUGCUCGUGCUUUGAUGACUGAUGUAUUUGGCAAUUAUGUUAUACAGAAAUUUUUUGAGCAUGGUACAGAAAGUCAAAGAAAGGAAUUAGCCAGCCAACUUUCUGGUCAUGUUUUACCUCUUAGUCUGCAAAUGUAUGGCUGCAGAGUGAUUCAAAAGGCUUUGGAGGUUGUUGAUGGGGAUCAGCAGGGUCAGAUGGUGUCUGAGCUCAAUGGUGCAAUAAUGAAAUGUGUACGCGAUCAAAAUGGGAACCAUGUUAUUCAGAAGUGUAUAGAGUGUGUCCCUCAGGAUAAAAUCCAGUUUAUUGUUUCAUCCUUUUAUGGCCAAGUUGUUGCACUUUCUACUCAUCCCUAUGGGUGCAGAGUUAUUCAGAGGGUUCUCGAACACUGUGAUGAUCUAAAUACCCAACAAAUUAUAAUGGAUGAAAUUAUGCAAUCUGUCAGCACUUUAGCACAGGAUCAGUAUGGAAAUUAUGUUAUUCAGCACAUCGUGGAACAUGGUAAACCACAUGAACGGACUGCUAUUAUCAACAAGCUUGCCGGGCAGAUUGUUAAGAUGAGCCAGCAGAAGUUUGCUUCUAAUGUUAUAGAGAAGUGUUUGGCUUUUGGUAGUCCUGAAGAACGUCAGAUUUUGGUGAAUGAAAUGCUUGGUACUUCUGACGAGAAUGAGCCCUUACAGGCUAUGAUGAAAGACCCUUUUGGAAAUUAUGUGGUGCAAAAGGUUCUUGAGACUUGUGAUGAUCGAAGUCUGGAGCUGAUCCUUUCUCGCAUCAAGGUUCACUUGAAUGCCCUGAAGCGGUAUACAUACGGGAAACAUAUAGUUUCUCGCGUGGAGAAGCUCAUAACCACUGGAGAAAGGCGUAUUGGAUUGUUGGCCUAAUGUAGUUCAUCCUGAGGCGUCCAGAGAUGGUGUUGGGGAGCAGUCUUUCUGCUAUCCCAACCUUUUGUUUUGUACAGCUAACAUGAAUGUUUAUAUCACCAAGUGUCGCCUGCAAGCUUUACCGUAUAAAGCAUUGGAGAUAAACACGGUCAGCUGAGCCAUUAGAAUAAAUUAUGUUUGUUAUUUUGCUUGAUUUCGUUACUAUAACUUGACAGAAAAAUCUCCGCAAGGAGAGUUAACAUAGGAUGUCAAGAAUAGACGGCAAUGUGUAUUUAUUGUGUAUGUAUAUGAGGUCCAUUGUCUGUAAAGAAAAUAAUGGUAAAAUGACUUAUUGCAGUAUCCAAGAGUCAUUAUUAGAUCAGGCUCUGAACUUCUAUUUCAUCUAUGUAAAUAAUAUGCUGCAAAUUUCCUGGGUUGA